AGCAGCCACGUAGUAAACAGUACUAAGAACAAAAACUCAAGAAAACACUUUUGGUUACUUGUUAACAAUGUUUGAAAUGAUUGUAAACUUCCUUCUUCUCUGCAGUUCCACAAACAUUAUUGUACCAGGUGACGAUUCAGCUAUCGAUGUCCAGCAACAGGACAAUGAAAUCCGAUCACAAACAAAAUGCCGUCCUGGUUUGCACACCUCAGUACCAGCUGGAUUCUACCUCCAGGAUCACUGGACAUCCCUGGUGUGUGACUCAAAAUCCUUUCCCUCAGCUAAACUGAUAUCUGGAUGCCUGAAGGACAAACAGAUCCUUAUGAUGGGUGACUCUACUCUCCGUCAGUGGUUCGACUACCUGGAGGAAACUGUGCCAACAUUGAAACGCCUGAACCUUCACACAUCAAGCAAAUCGGGCCCCUUUGAGGCAGUCGACACCCAGUAUAACACCCGUAUCAUCUGGCGGGCCCAUGGGAUACCUAUACGGACAAGCAAGACCCCCUGGGCUGACCUCCACUACAUCACCAGUGAGGUGGAGGGUAUGGCAGGGGGUGCACACUCUGUAGUCGUCUUCACCAUCUGGGCUCAUUUCACCACGUACCCACUGGCUAUGUACGCACACCGUCUGGUCGUCAUCCGUAAGGCUGUGGCGUCGCUCCUAAGCCGAUCUCCCACUACUCUGGUAGUGAUCAAGUCAGCCAACACGGGCUACAAGGAUGUGUACGGCAGCGACUGGCUCUCCUGGCAGCUCGACAUGGCACUCAGGGAAAUAUUCAGGGACUUGCCUCGUCCUCAUUGACGUUUGGCAGAUGACUUCCUGCCACUAUUCUCCGGACAACAUUCACCCGCCCUCUGUGGUGAUCCAAAAUUAACUGGAUCUCUUCCUGUCCUUUGUUUGUCAGCUGUGAAAAAAAUUGAAGUCAUGCCUGGAAUAACAUUGUGCCUUACUGUAUACAAAAUGCUGUCUCCGAAAGGAAUCUACAGUAUAUGGGAAAAGGGAUUGUAAUGUUAAGACGAUAAUUCCUUUAAAAACUGUUUGCCUUCUUCAAAAUGAAUGUAUAGCUUGUCUAACUGGCCUUAUUUUAAAAUAAAAACUAUUUUACCUAUGAAAACUUUUCAAAACUAUGGCAGACCACAGAGCUCAAUGUUUUGUUUACAACCAAAAUCCCCUCAACCUUAAUAAUUACUGUUCUCACACAUUUCUGAGAAUAGCAUAACUAUUAAUAUCCACAGAAAAUCGAUUCAAGAGAAGUGCUGAUACUCAGUGCUCCUGGUUGUAAUUUAAGCACUUCAUGAGAUUUCCAUUUAAAUAUAAUUUGAUAGAUUAUUAUUGACACUUAAUACAGAUUAUGUGAAUUUACUGUUAGAUACAUUAUAUGCAAUUGAGAAGGACACAUGAGAUUUACGGUAAGAAACUCGUUGCAGGUUUUGAAAAUCAGUGUUUUACUUUUAAUCUUACCCUGUGAUGUCACGGAUACCUUUAUUCUUAUAUUUUUAUCCACAAAUUAUAGAAAAGCAAGUGACACAAUCUAUUGUUAGAUUGUUGUUUACUCAGUACUUUGUUGAAGCACAUUUGGCAGCGAUUACAGCCUCGAGUCUUGUUGGGUAUGAUGCUACAAGCUUGGCACACCUGUAUUUGGGGGGUUUCUCCCAUUCUUCUCUGCAGAUCCUCUCAAGCUCUUGUCAGGUUGAAUAGGGACCAGUUCUUUUCUCUAAUAAGAGUCCCUCAAUUUAAACAUUGAACAGGAAGGACAAACCUUACAGGUUUGGCUUAUAUAUUUUGAAAGAACUUUUAUUAAAAACAAGAACAGUUUCAUAACUUUUUUAAAUAAAUAACAUUGUUUUAGCUUGUCUUUCUCAAUCAUUUUGUUCUUCUAAAGAACCACGCAUGGACAACACAAUAUGGACUUCGUUGAGUUAAAAUAAUGGCAGUUCCGUUAGAAGUUUGGCUACAACCAUUUUUGAUGGGGGUUUUUCUCAGCAGACCACUUCCUCUGUAUGCUAAAGAGAAUGUGUUUGUUUAAAGGCCUAAUAUAUUUGGUACAAUUCAUUCCCUAAGUUCUAGACCUCAGCUGAAUCUGGUAAUGAAUGGUGUGGCUGUUGAACAAGUUGGGGAGAAUAAAAUACUUGGCGUUACCUUAGAUUGUAAA